GAAGGCUGGCAGAUGAGAUUUACCACAAAAUUUAGUGUUACUGAGUGAAGAGCAGUUUGAACUUAUACUUUUCCAUGCUACUGACAUUUCAGCAGUCAUUAAAAUCAGAUUUGACAGGUCGUGAAAAUCACAGGCAAAAACCAUCUGUUGUUAUUUUUAUAGCAAAGCAAAAGGGAGAAAAAAUUGCAAACAGAGUCUGAUCCUUUCAGGAGCUUGUUAGUGUGUGUGCUGCCAUUCAUUCCAGCUUCAGAAGAGAUAUGUCUACCAUCACCGCUGUGGCACUCCUUGCUUUCCUGACCAUCACUGUGGGGCUUGGUCUGGGGGAGCAGGGAAUGAAUCUGCGCUGUCGGUGCAUCAGCAAGGAGAGAAAGCCCAUCGGCCGUCACAUAGAAAAGUUGGAGGUGAUCCCUGCUAACUCCCACUGUGAAGAAGUUGAGAUCAUAGCCACACUUAAAGGAAGCGGCUUGCUGGUUUGUCUGGACCCCAACGUCCCCUGGGUCAAAAGAGUCCUUGAGAAGACAUUGGCAGGGACGAAUCCUUGAGGAGCACAUCUUCACAGAUAUGGCUCUUACAUGAAACGGAGAGAAGUUUCUAGUCAUCCUCGUGGAGAGAUUUUCAUCACCACUCUAACCAGAUGUUCAUGCAAAAUGAAUUGGCGGGUUGCACAGAUGGAGCAGUAUUGCAGAGAUUCAUUUUGCUUGGUUCCAGGUGGCAGCAAUGCCUCUCAAUGCAACCUGGAGUUUUGGGUCUGAUCAGUAAACCAAAUUUGCAUUGUGGUGAGUGUCAGAAAGCACCAAAGGCAGAGUGAGACAGAUUCAUUACUUUUAUCCUUCA